UCUCUUCUCUUCUUUUAAAAUCCCUUUCCACCUGUAAGUUGUAACACCUCCUCCUUAGUAUAUUACAAAACUACCAACCGAUAUAUAGAUAUAGAGAGAGAAGUGAGUAGAUAGAGAGAGAGAGAGAGCUUUCGCUGAAAUAUUUCCGUUGUUUGAUAAUGCAGACAAGAACAGUUCAAGUAGGGAAUGUUUCAGAUCUAGCCAGUGAAAGAGAGGUUCAAGAAUUUUUCUCGUUUUGUGGAGAUAUAGAACACAUCGAGAUCUGCCGUGAUGCAGGACAAUCGAAGACCGCAUUCGUGACAUUCAAAGAUUCAAAAGCGCUAGAAAUCGCGUUAUUGUUAUCGGGAGCAACAAUAGCAGACCAGAUUGUCAGUAUAACUCCUGCUGAAAACUAUGUACCAAAAGCAGAGAUUCGGGAAGUAAGGAUGGUGGAUAAUGCCAUGAGCAUGACUCCUGAAAAUGUUUCACCAAAUGCUGAGCAGGGCAGCACUGGUUCUCCUAGCAAUGGAAGAGUGUAUGUUAGUAAAGCACAAGACGUUGUUUCAAAUAUGCUGGCAAAAGGUUCGGCUAUUGGACAAGAUGCUGUGAACAAGGCUAAAGCAUUUGAUGAGAAGCAUCAGUUGACAGCCAAUGCUUCUGCCAGAGUCAUCUCCUUUGACAGGAGAGUUGGGCUUACAGAGAAAUUAACAGUUGGGAUUUCAGUGGUGAAUGAGAAAAUGAAGUCUGUGGAUCAAAGGCUUCAAAUGUCAGAUAAAACAAUGGCUGCAUUAAUGGCAGCAGAGAGGAAACUAAACAACACAGGAUCAGCUGUCAAAUCAAGCAGGUAUGUGACUGCAGGAACAGCUUGGCUCAAUGGUGCUUUCAGUAAAGUGGCCAAGGCCGGGCAGGUUGCAGGUACAAAAACUAGAGAGAAAUGGAGUAUGGCUGUAUCAAAUUUGACUGCCAAGGAUUCUCCGAUUUCUGCAUAAGACCAGGAAGUUGGUUGGUUUCCGUUUGAGGGAUGUAUUCUAAUAUUCAAAAUGAAGCCUGUGGGAUCUGGGAUUGGAAAAAUUUGUGUAACGUUCCCUAUAUCUCCCCUUUUGACUUUUGUUUUCUAUUGUAAGUCGUGUCAUUCAAUUCAUAAGUUUAUUAUAUUUUUGUUUGAUUUCGAGGGUAGUGUGCCUAUGGGUUCUGUCAUUUUUCAGUGUAAGACUGGUUUUGCAUUAUAAAGAAAUUGAAACUGUGAUGGAUAAGUUUCAUA